AUGGCUCCCACACUUCUCUUUGCUGGCCUGGGAAACAUGGGCAGGGCCAUGUCCAAGAACCUUGUUGAGAAAGGCAACCUCUCUGGACCUCUCCUCGUGUACAACCGCUCCACUAAGAGGGCCACCGACCUGAGUGCCGCUCUUGCGCCUGGCAAGACCAAGGUAGUCGAGUCUCUUCCCGAGGGCGUUGCAGACGCCGACAUCAUCUUCUCAUGUCUAGCCAACGACCAGGCCGUGCAGGACUACAUCGGCCAGGCCGCCAAGGGUGAUAUCAAGGGCAAGCUGUUCGUCGAGUGCUCAACCAUCCACCCCGACGUGACCGAGGAGGUGGCCAGGACGAUUCUGGCUGCGGGGGCCGAGUUCGUGGCCGCUCCCGUUUUCGGCGCCCCCUCUGCCGCCGACGCAGGCCAGCUGAUCAUCCUGCUGGCCGGCCCGGCCGCCAGCGUCGAAAAGGUCAGGCCCUACUGCAAGGGCGUCAUGGGCAAGGCCGAGAUCGACCUGAGCGACCAGCCCUACGGAAAGGCCACUACCAUUAAGGUCCUGGGAAACGGCAUGAUCCUGGGCAUGGUCGAGCAGGUCGCCGAAGCCCACGUCGCCGCCGAAAAGUCCGGCAUUCACCACGAUAUCAUCCACAACCUCAUACAGGGCCUCUUUGGCGGCCCCGGUGGCGCAUACAGUGACCGUAUGCGCACCGGCGACUACUACACCAGGGACGAGCCUCUGUUCGGCGUCGACCUCGCCCGCAAGGAUGCCCGCCACGCCAAGAGUAUCGCCGCCGCGGCCGGCACCACGCUGCCUAUCUGCGAGAUCGCUGACGGUCAUCUCGCCAAGGUCAAGGAGUACUGCGGUUCCAAGGGUGACAUUGCCGGAAUCUAUGGUAUCGUCAGGAUGGAGGCCGGUCUACCAUUCAAGAACUAG